AUGGGGGAUGUGCCGGUCCCCAGCAUGGCGGCUUCUCGGGCUUCUGGGCCGGUUGCUUCCGAGACUGCUGCUGCUCGGCUCCUGGCUGCCCUGUGGGUCGUGUCAGUAACCACGGGACCUUGGGGAGCUGCCGCCGGCGGUGGCGAAGAGUCACUUAAGUGCGAGGACCUCAAAGUGGGACAAUAUAUUUGUAAAGAUCCAAAAAUAAAUGAUGCUACACAAGAACCAGUUAACUGUACAAACUACACAGCUCAUGUUCCAUGUUUUCCAGCACCUAACAUAACUUGUAAGGAUUCUGGUGGCAAUGAAACACAUUUUACUGGAAACGAAAUUGGUUUUCUCAAGCCCAUAUCUUGCCGAAAUGUAAAUGGCUAUUCAUACAAGGUGGCGGUUGCACUGUCUCUUUUUCUUGGAUGGUUGGGAGCAGAUCGAUUUUACCUUGGAUACCCUGCCUUGGGUUUGUUAAAGUUUUGCACUGUAGGAUUUUGUGGAAUUGGGAGCCUAAUUGAUUUCAUUCUUAUUUCAAUGCAGAUUGUUGGACCUUCAGAUGGAAGUAGUUACAUUAUAGAUUAUUAUGGAACCAGACUUACAAGACUGAGUAUUACCAAUGAGACAUUUAGAAAAACGCAGUUAUAUCCAUGAAUAUUGUUUAAAAGAAACAGAUUUGGGCCUCCUUGAUUUUAAUAGAGAACUCUCAGUGUGUAGAUUUCCAGAUUUUCCUUUUUCCAUCUUCACAUACCACUUUACG